AUGGCAUCAAGUAUACCGACCAUUGUAUUUACAUGCCUGGCUGUACUUAUGUCGAUUCUUAGAAAGUACAAGCCUUUUAGGGAUUGGGCAAGCUCAUUGUUAGAGACUUCACUUUCGGACUACUUUCUGCCGUCUAAACAGGCUAUUGUAGCGACACCAGAAUUCAAGGUGGGAAAACCUUCCAAUCGAUUCAAGGGAACCAAGGGCAUCACACUUUAUGAAUUAACACAGUCUCUAACGCAAUUACGAGAGUACUUUGCGAGAGCCCAAAGACAAAACGGCGUCAUCUUCAAUCGAGCAAAUGAGUUGAAUGAAGAGUCAUUGGAACAAUUGAGGGAAAUCUCCUAUUUUACUAAGAUCCAAAAGGUAAAUAAGAGCAUUGAGGAGAAUAACAAAGUUCUAGAGGCUGUAAUAAAACAUGUUCUCGACAAACUGGUCAAGUGCAACAUCGCUGAUUCGGAAGAUGAGACCCUUCCAGAUCAGCUCAAGACAAUAUGUGCAGACAUAGGCUAUCACUUAAAUGAAAACAAUGAAUUGAGCUUUACCGGUGAUGCUGUAAUCCUCUCAAAUUCUAAGUCCAAUCAAGGCAGUGUGAAUGAGGCUAUUGGUCAUUUAUGCAGAGACUGGAGCGCUAAUUUCGAAUGCGAAAGGCAACCCAUCAACGAUUUUGUUCAUGAAAGAAUUACGGAGAGGGUCAAUAUAUCGAAUGAAAGCAAAACUUUGGUCGUUGUACCUGGAGCUGGAGUCGGCCAAUUGCCUUUCUUCAUAGCUAAAAGCUUCCCACAUUGCCAAGUCGACUCCGUCGAAUGGUCUUCUUUGAUGUAUAUAUUCAAUGAAUUUGCGUUGGGCCAUGGACAGGAUGUCAGAAUCAGACCAUUCGCGCAGCAUUAUUCUGGUAGCCUCGAUACACAGAGCCAAAUCCGAAGUUUCGAAGUACCUUUGAGCAAGAUUAAGAGACCGGCCAAUUUGGCCUCAUAUUGGGGAGAUUUUCGCCAGUACACGACCAACACCGAGCAUUAUGACCAGAUAAUCGUCUGUACUGCCUUUUUUAUUGACACAGCUGAGAACGUAUUUGAAUAUUUGGAAGCAACUGAGCAAUUAAGCGCUCACUGCAAAACACUACAUUGGAUUAAUGUCGGUCCUCUAAAAUACGGCACAAGGCCUCUAGUGCAAUUCACUGCCGAUGAACUCAAGAGACUGCGUAAGGUAAGAGGCUGGAAAGAUCUUGUUGAGACACGCACCACAGAUUACAAAGAAGGCUUGAAUGGAUAUUUAACCAAUACUGAGUCUUUAUAUCAGGGCUAUUACGGGUUACUUAAAUUUCACACGGUUUUCGAUAAGACAUCUAAUUAA